CACAGCUGUAAAGAACCAGGAGGGAGGAAGUUGUUUGAUUCUUCACAGCUACACAAUGGAUUACAACAAGCCGAUGAGAAAUCCUUCUAUGAGAUGGAACGGUGAGAAUCCCUCCAUGAUGCGUUCUUCUUCUCCGCCACCUUACCAGGACAGCGGCUUCCCGUCAGCACAGCCACAGGGUUAUGGAGCUGCACAACAGUAUGGCUCAAGUUUUGACCAGCAGCCCAACCAGCAGCCUUAUGGAGAGCCUUUUCACCCCCAGCAGCCAUUCAGGCAGUCUUUUCAGCAGCCCAACCAGCAGCCUUACGGGAGAUCUAACCAGCAGCCCAACCAGCAGCCUUAUGGGAUGUAUAAGAAGCAGCCGAAUCAGCAGCCUUAUGAGAUGUCUAACCAGGAGCCUGACCAGCUGCCUUAUGGGGAGCCUUUUCACCCCCAGCAGCCAUUCAGACAGUCUUUUCAGCAGCCUAACCAGCAGCCUUACGGGAUGUCUAACCAGCCACCCAACCAGCAGCCUUAUGGGAUGUCCAACAAGCAGCCAAAUCAGCAGUCUUAUGAAAUGUCUAACCAGGAGCCUUAUAGGGAGCCUUUUCAGCCCCAGCAGCCAUUCAGACAGUCCUUUCAGCAGCCUAACCAGCAGCCUUACGGGAUGUCUAACCAGCCACCCAACCAGCAGCCUUAUGGGAGGUCUAACCAGCCUAACCAGCAGCCUUAUGGGAUGUCCAACAAGCAGCCAAAUCAGCAGCCUUAUGAAAUGUCUAACCAGGAGCCCGACCAGCUGCCUUAUAGGGGACCUUUGCAAUCCCAGCAGCCAUUCAGGCACUCUUUUCAGCAGCCCAACCAGCAGCCUUACGGGAUGUCUAUCCAGCCACCCAACCAGCAGCCUUACGGGAUGUCUAACCAGCCACCCAACCAGCAGCCUUAUGGGAGGUCUAACCAGCAGCCCAACCAGCAGCCUUACGGGAUGUCUAUCCAGCCACCCAACCAGCAGCCUCAUAGGGGACCUUUGCAAUCCCAGCAGCCAUUCAGGCACUCUUUUCAGCAGCCUAACCAGCAGCCUUACGGGAUGUCCAACAAGCAGCCAAAUCAGGAGUCUUAUGAGAUGUCUAAUCUGGAGCCUGACCAGCUGCCUUAUGGGGUGUCUAACCAGCACCCCAACCAGCAGAAGCCUUUGUCUAGGGACCAAGAGCAACCAGAACAGCCAGGCAUCUUCACUGUGGAGCCAGCAAGAGAGAAUCCAGAAUCAGGACCUGUCAACGAUUACUUUGUCUACUCCAUCCUCACUAUGAUUUUCUGUUGCCUGCCAAUGGGAGUUGUUGCCCUUAUUAAUGCCAUCGCAACUCGUGAUGCCAAUGCCCGCGGUGACAGAGAGAAAGCAAAAAAGACCAGCAGACGAGCCAGGAUAAUGAGCCACGGGGCUCUUGGAAUUGGGAUUGGAUUUUAUGUCUUAAUGAUUAUAUCUGUUGUUACAUAUGUAGAGUUGAGAAAAUAAGCUGUUCAUCUCACACUUUUUCCUGUCUUUUGUCUAUCUGAAUCAAGUGUGCAUAUAAUCAGAAGACACGUAGCCAAGUGUUGUCAAAAUCUGUCUGCUGCUAAAAAGUUAUCCGUCUCACUGACGAAGAUGUAUCCACUCAACAUGUUUCUAAUUUUUGUCUUCACAUUCAAUCACAAUCAUUCCUCUAUUUUCACUCUCAUCAAAAUUACGCAGUUAUUUGUUAUUAUUUUAUUAUUAUUUUAGCCAAAGUAGUAUCUAUGAAAAACCUUUUGUGACUCAAAUUGAAUGCAAUACACACUAAUAUGUGAAAUAUGUUUCUCAUUAAAAAAAAAAAAAAAAAAUUCUUUCAAUAUCUUAAUAUAACCUCUUAGUUUUGUGUAAAAUUCUUAUCAGAUAAUGAGUAUGGACAUUUGCAUUUCUCUUAAUAACUAAGUGAAUGAACA